CAUCAUGUGCAUUUAUUUUCAGUUUUGUAAAGAUUUUUGUAGCGGUGGUUGUGUUGUUCGUGUGCCGGUGUUCAUAAAAUAGGAAAUGUUAAAUUUUUCACAUUUUAUACGAGUCUAUUGGACUUUUUAUGACACAAUAAUUUCGUGAUAUAGUUCACUGUGUUGAUUUUGUUUAACAUAAAAAGUGAACAUUUUGUGUUGAUGUGAUUUAUUUUUGUAAAAUAAUUUCGUUGUGUGGUUGUGCAAGGAUUUGUACGAUUGGCUGGUGAUUUGCCUAAUUCAGCGUUCUAUGAAGUUUACAAGACGAAAGACAUCCACUGCUGUUGGAGUCGCGUGUGCACCUCCACUUGUGAUGUUCUCCCGGUGAGAGUGACCCGACCAGUGCUGGUCAUGGUGUCGUAAGCGCAUGCGUCAUUUACUCGUUACGGUGUGAGCGCUAUACGCGGCGAUGGGUGCGUCGGGUGUAUCGGACGAGUACUCGCCGCCGCGGCUCUCCCGCUGGCUCCACUCGGUGCCUCAUAUCAACGUCACGCUGCACCGCGUCAACGACACAUUCGCGCCGGACUCGCCGGUCUACCUCGAGAGUCUGGGCAUCAUCGGUUCAAUACCUGGCGCCUGGUUGAUCCUGACGUUGACCGUUCUACUCAUAUACCUGCUGACGAGAUGCUGCGACAGAAAGCAACGGCCUCCCAGGAGUAUCACGGCUUUGAAGAUAACCUUGAUGAUUCUGUCGGUGCUAUGCUGUGCCGCGAUCGGCGUCGGACUCUUCGGCAAUGACGACCUGCACAACGCUAUGCUGCAGAGCAUCCAGGCGGGCAACCAGCUCGCAGCGCUUGUCAACACUGUCAAGAACCAGUCAAGUAUCCUAGAGGAGGCGAUGGGAUCUCGUGCGCGUGCGCCGCUGGCGCGGCUGGCGGAUGCGCUGGACGCGCCGGUCGCCAACCAGACAGCGCUCGGUACGCUGCUGCGCGCCCUCUCCGCGCUGCGCAACAACGCCAGCGCCGCCGCCUCCGCCGCGGACAACUUGCGCCGCCCGCUCGCAGAGCUUAACCUUGAUGCGUUCAUGAAGAGGCUGUGGGUGUGGGAGGCGGCGCGGUGGGUGGGCGGCAUGGCGGGGUGGUGCUGCGGCGGCGCGGUGUGCGUGGCGCUGCUCGCCGCCGCCGCGCGCCGCUCCCGCCGGGCGCUGCUGCUGCUCUGCGUGGGUGCCUUGGGCGCGCUGGUGGCGUGCUGGGUGGCGGCGGCGCUGCUGGCGGCGGGCGCGGUGGCGGCGGCCGACGCGUGCCAGGACCCCGCCGCCGCGCUCGCGCAUCACGCGCCGCACCGACUGCCGCCCGACAUGGUGCACUACUACGUGUCGUGCGUGGUGUCGCGCGAGAACGCGCUGACGGCGGAGCUGCGCGCGGCGCAGCGCGCGGUGGUGGCGGUGCGGCAGGCGCUGGCGGUGCUGGCGCGCGGCGCGCCGGCGCUGUUCGCGGACGCGGCGCUGCCGGCGGCGCUGGGCGCGCUGGGCGCGGGCACGGCCGAGGCGGAGCGCGCGCUGGUGUCGCUCGGCGCCGCGCUGGAGUGCCGCAUGGCGCGCGCCUACUUCGUCAGCGCCGCGCGGGCCGCCUGCGACGCCGGCUUGCAGGCGCUGGCUUUACAACUACUCGCGGCGGUGGCGGCCGGCUUUCUCUUUACCGCCAUUGUGCUAGUCGACUCGCACGCCUGGAUCUACAUCAACACUAAACGGUCCGGCAGCGGCGAGGAGCAGGCGCCGUUCCUGUCGAGCGGCGGCAGCAGCGCGGCGAGCCGCACGCUGCCGCGCGCCGCGCCCUACAACAACGGCAAGCCGCCCUCCUACAGCGCCGCCGUGCAGCUCAUGGACCUGGCCGACCGCGACCGACCCAGGUGCGACCUCACACACGACCACAAACUACGCAUGUCGGGCAGCGCGACGCUCGGGCGCGGCUCGAGCGGCGGCGGCGGCGCGGGCGCGCCCCCCGGACCCGCGCUCGGCGCGCACACGCUCGGCCGCGCCCACAACGGCAAGUACGCCACGCUCAGCAAGCAGUGCAAGACGCUCGAGAGCAACGACUUCUACUGAGACCGGCCCGGCGGCGGCGGCGGCGGCAGCGGCACGCAACACCACGAACACAACGCAGGCACAAUGGGUCGCGCGACGAGCCUCAACCGUUUCGACCCGAAGUACGCGUCGUUCGGACCGCGCGCGCCCCGGGCUCGGCAC